AUGCUGUUUUAUGAAUUUUUGCAAGCCAAUCUUAAGAGCCGGAUGUUAGUGGUAUUGAAGAACGGUGUGAGCAUAUCUGGAGAGCUCUAUAGUGUUGAUCCAUAUAUGAACUUGAGUCUCCAAGAGGUGAAUGUUGUUGGAGACUAUCCUGGGCUCAAUGGAGUUCAUAUGUGCUCGAUCCGUGGAUCUUCUGUCAAGUAUGUGAUGAUGAAAAGAAACGAGAGACUGCUGGAAGCGUUGAAUGGCGGAAGUAGACUUAGGAUGCUUUUUAAUAAGUGCUACUAA